AUGGCUUUCGACAUCCGUGAAGAAGACGAACAGCAGCACGAUGAGUUUGACGAGUAUGAAGAUGUCAAGCAGACUGAACGCCCCAAAUUCUAUCGUCGCCGAAAGUUCUGGAUGUGCUGCAUCCCCACGAAUAUCAUUGCUAUUAUCAUCGCUGUUAUCUUGGCUCUAUAUGUCAUUAUGCCUAAGAUUGCUCAGGGUCUCAUGAACAAGGCUACCAUCAACUUUAAUCAGAUUGACAUCAUCAACCCCACGGCCACCUCGAUGGACAUUACGAUGGUUGGAAAGAUGGAAAAGACCGGCCCCUUCCACGCCGACAUCUCCUUCCCCGGCACUGUUACUGUCUCUUGGAACAACAAAGUCCUCGGUACCACUGUCAUUCCCGGCACAAGCACCGCCUCCGGUGGACAGGGUGAUUUGAACUUGCAGAGCAGCUUCCAGAUCACUGACGACGCGGCAUUCACAGAGUUCUCCGCCUACAUGCUCAACGCCGAGACAUUUGUCUGGCACCUCUCAGGAAAGCUCAAUGUCAAGGCUCUUGGCCGCACCGUCAAGAACCUCAACCUGGAUAAGGACAUCACUGUCAACGCAUUCCAGGGUCUCUCGGGUAUCAAGAUCGAAAAGUUCGCGCUCCCAGGCGAUGACCCUUCUGGAAAGGGUAUCCUAAUCGACAUUGACACCACCGUCAACAACCCCUCCUCCAUCCAGAUGUACAUGGGCGCCCUCACCCUCGCCAUCUCUUACAAGGAUACCCUCAUGGGAUAUGUCACCUCUUCUAACCUGACUAUGGUCCGUGGCCCCCAGAUCUUGAGCAUGAAGGGCUACCUCGUCCCCCAGUCCACCCCCGAGAGUCUUGCUAUCGUGUCCGAGAUGAUGUCGCGCUACGUUGGCAAUGAGCUCACCGACACUAUUGCCACUGGUUUUGAGGUCAAGCCCGAUGGUGUCAACUCGAUCGAGUGGCUGUCGACCGCUGUCAAGCAGCUCAAGUUGACUGUUCCUCUUCAGAGCCCUUCCCCCUUGCAGCUCAUCAAGUCCUUGAACCUCGGUGCCUUGGGUCUCGCCUUCACUCCUCCGACCGCGUACCAGCCUGUCACUACCUCCACUGGUGUCAUUGCCAACUACUCACUUCCCGACGGUUUCGGUUUCAACAUUUCCUUCACUCAGGUCGCCAACUCGUUCACUAUUACUCGCGGUGGUGUCGCUGUUGCCAGCUUGAACUCGAGCUACAACCCUUCGACCUCCAACAUGGCAGCCGGCACUUUGACCUUCGACCUGUUGCAGACCCCUCUUGUUGUCGAUCAGGCUUCGCAGACAGCCUUCCAGGAGUUUAACCGCGACUUGACUAUUGGUGCUGAUCUCCCCUUCAACGUUGUCGGUCAGGCCUCGGUUUAUGCCAAUACCUCAAUCGGCACAGUCAACCUAGUCAACAUCGCAUUCAAUGCUUCGACUGCUCUCAGCGGACUCCAGAGUCUUACCAACCCCGCUCCCUCGAUUUCAGCUCUGCAGGUCGUUUCUGGUACUACCACUGAACUGACCAUGGCCAUCACUGUCGUCAUUGUCAACCCCUCGUCGAUCUCGCUCAGCGCUGGAGAUAUUGUGCUGAGCCUUGUCUACAAGGGUGUCGCUCUUGGUACUGUCACCAUGCCCAACUUGGCCAUUGUCCCUGGCGCCAACACCAUCCAGGCCUCAUCGUCGAUCAACCCUUCUGCUUCGCCUGAGGGCAUGGAGCUACUGACCUUGUACACUAGCGGUGCUGGUGCUACUGUCAGCAUCGUCGGCACCCCUACCAGCACAGCUGUCGAUUCUCUCACCCUUGCCUUUGGCGCAUUGAACAUUGAGACUCAGAUGCCUGGUCUCCCAACAAAGCUGCUCGCUGGUGCCUCGCUUGUUGUUCUCGACACUACCCUUGUCGAUGGUCUCGCCCAGACUGUUGUCACUGUCAACAACCCCUUUGUCCCUCCCAUGACUAUUCUCUCGAUUGACUCCACGAUUACCUACAACGGUGUUUCCCUCGGAACUGUUGUCUCUACCUUUGGCACUCCCCCAGUCAUCCCUGGUGUCGGCGCUGGCACCAUCACGGCCCCUCUCCUUAUGAACACCGAUCCUCAUGACCUCGUUGCCUUGAUUCGCAACCAGGCUGUCGCGAAUGGCUUGAACACUGCCGCUUUUGACGGCCUCCUCGCUCUCCAGGCUGGCGGAAACCCCUCGCCCGAUCUGUUUGUUGGCUUCAAUGUUGCCGACUUUGUGACCAAGGCCAUGGCAGGACUCGCUGUCGAUAUUACCAUGACCACCACCGUCAAGGUUGGAGACUACCAGGUCACGAUUCCCUACACCCAGACCGGCGUCCCCACCGCUACUGACCAGACUAUUCUGAAAUUGAUCCCUGUUGUCGGUACCCCCAUUGCUCAGAUCCUCGUCGACGGCUCAGUUAUUGCCUUUGAUGCCAUCACCCUCAACGCCCCUACCGAGACCAGCUUCUCUACUGACGUUGUCGGAGCCAUCACCAAGACCGGACCCCUGGAUGCCGAGAUUAUGUUCCCCAAUCCUCUCAUCAUCUCCUUCAACGGCAAGGCUCUUGGUACCAUGGCGAUGCCCACUGUCAAUGCCAUUGCUAACCAGGGUGCGACUUUGAACCUUGCUGGUGUUCCCUUUGCUAUUACCGAUGGCGCUGCAUUUGCCGAUUUCACCACCUUUGCUUUGAACAACGAAAAGUUCGAGUGGACCAUCACUGCCACAGGCAUUGUCGUCAACGCCAUGGGUGCCUCUCUCCCCGGUGUCUCGAUGACCAAGAUUGUGACCCUCGAUGGAUUCAACAAGCUGCCUGGUCUGCAGCUGUUGGACUAUAAAAUCACCGCCAUCGACUCUGCGGGUAUGCACAUGACUAUCAGCGCAUCGCUGUCAAACCCCUCGACCAUCGGUAUGACCAUCCCCGUCUCGCAGUUCGACACUCAGUUUGCCGGUCACACCCUUGGACCAGCCUUUGCCUACAACAUGGCUUUAGUCCCCCACAGCAACUCGAGCUUCGCCUUGAACGCCACCAUCGCUGCCGACGGCACUGACAAGACCCCCUACAUCCAGGGUAUCUUCCACAACGCGUUGAGUGGGGUUGCCACUCCUCUCAAGGCCCAAGGUGUCGGCGCCCCCGGUGUUUCAUGGUUGGACGCUGCUAUCAAGACUCUCCUCCUCGACACUGCCCUUCCUCCUCUCCAAGAACCCCCAAUCUCGGCGGUAACCAUCAACGCGAUGGAGAUGGACUUUGCCUGCGGCGAGGCCUGCACCUGGGCUCCUAUGGCCACGUCGAGCAUCACGGCCGACACCAACCUCCCCUUCGCGAUGGAUGUUCCCAUUAAGCAGCUUGCUCAGAACGUUCAGAUCUUGGAUGAAAACGGUCAAGUUGUCGGCACCCUCAAGACCGAGUACACUGAUGCCACCACUGUCGGCUCCAAGGUGUCGGCCAACACCCCUGCUGCUCCUUUGGUCGUUCCUGACGGCUCCCACGACAUUUACACGACCUUUGUCGGCCGCUUGAACUUGGCCACCAACUACACACUCGGCCUCCGCGGCUCUGCCGACUCGAUGUUGGAUCUUGGCCCAUUCGGUUUGAUGGAGAUCAAGGGCAUCCCUAUUGACGUCAAGUCUACGUUGGCCGGUCUUCAGGGACUCAAUAACAUCGAGUUCAUGUCGGUCCUCGAGAUCAUUCCCAACUUUAUGGCCGGGUUCAUUUUCGUCACCACCGUUGUCAACAUUCACAAUCCCAGUCAGCUUACCCUCAACAUUGGCACCAUGGGUAUGGCUGCAGGAUACAAGGGAUAUGACGACGAAAACAGAAUCGGAUACACUGAGCUCUUUAAUCUUCGCCUCGUGCCAGGAGACAACAUUGUUCCCUCACUCCUAGGACAAAGCUUCACCGCAGCUAGUGCUGGUCCUUUCGCAACUGACCUCACCAUGAUGUCCCCCACUAUGACUUUGUGGGCCAAUUCGACUGCAACCUCCAACCCCGCUUUGAACAUUGGACUGUCGACACUCAAGACAUCUCUUGUUCUUCCCCGGAAUCUCAUCGUUGCCACUCCUCCCCCAACAGCAUAUGGCAACGUCUGGACUGUCAAGAUCCUGCCAACCACCGUCGAUGAUGGCAUCAUCGAGAUGACUACCACGUUCAGCAACUCGUUCCUUUAUGAGUUCUCAGUGACAGGAGAUGCUACAUUGGCGGAUAGUGAUUUUGCCUACGCCCCAUCCUUCCUCUCCGUUACUGCUCCAGGAGGAAGCAGCACAUUCAGUCCCUUCAUAUUUACGAAUGACUUGCAGUACACUCUCAAGACCGGCGAGUCCAAGACCAUCACUUUCAAGAUGAAGCUCCAGAAGCUCGGUCUACAGAUGUAUAUGCUCCAGUUCAUUCAGAACUUUGUCCCUGCUGCCAUUGCCGGUCCCGUCAAGACAUUGACUGUCUCUUGGUCACCUAAGGUUACCCUCCCCGGCUACCCUGUUGGUAUGGCCCCAGAUUUGAACAGCGGCAUUGUCUACCCCGAGACCGGGGGUCUAAUCACGCUUCAAGUUGGAUCUGAUUUUGCUAUGAUCAAGGACUGGUACUACAAGGAGUACGCCUAUACACCUACCCCCCUCGCAGCCCCUACACCCGUCGUAGCCCCUACACCCGAGCCAGUUGUUCCCUCUGUUACGCCCACAGUCGCACCAAGCCCCACCCCCACCCCUUCGCCUGAGGUGACCACCCCUCCUGUCGCCCCUGCAGCUUAA